CUGUAUACAAUUCCUAGAGUGGAAAAACUAAGCAGAGUUGCAGGUAUAUCAUUCCCACACUGUAGACUUGACAUAAUUCUAACUAGAGAGAGAGAAAAAUAUGGGUGAAGUGAAGUGAAAACACAUGGUAUGAUAUAUUGUAGCUAGAGCAAGAGAAAGUAUUGCUGUAGUGAAAACUUGCUUUGGUUACAUAUAACCAGGAUGUCAUGGCCUGAUGUAUAGGAAAAUGUGAUGUAUAGCAUAACAAUUCUGGUUAGUGGACAGGAAGAGAGGAAAUACUGGAGCAGUCUGAGUGGUUUCUACUGUUCAGACGUACCAGAAAUCCUGCAGUCGUAGACGGUUUUUAGUUUCCUCACAGUGACUGCACCAGAAAACAAGACACCUGUCUCCCCAGAACUGCGCCAGAAAUAACCAACUUACAGAGCACAGGAAGACAGCUAACACUAGUAGGGACGUAUAGUACCAGACACGACGGCAGCCACAUGGGAGACACUUCAGGCCAAAUACAGCACUGUGGAGCCUGGGGGGCGGUGGAGACCCAAGGACUGUACGUCCCGCCAUCAUGUGUAUAUUGUGAUACCUUACAGAGACAGGGAUGAACAUCUACGCAUCUUGCUCAACAAUCUUCAUCCUUUCUUACAAAAGCAGCAGUUGGAUUAUGGGAUAUACGUGGUAGAACAGGCGGAGGGCAGCCAUUUUAACCGUGGUAUGUUGAUGAAUAUUGGGUUCAUAGAAGGUCUCCGCGUGUCUAACUACUCGUGUGUAAUAUUCCACGAUGUAGACCUGCUUCCAGAAAAUGACAAUAAUUUUUACUCUUGUCCUCAACAGCCAAGACACAUGUCAGUUGCCAUUGACAAGUUUAACUACAGGCUUCCAUAUGCUUCAUUAUUUGGUGGGAUCACAGCACUGAGAGUCGAGCAGAUGAAGAAUGUUAACGGUUACCCCAAUGUCUAUUUUGGCUGGGGCGGAGAAGAUGACGAUUUCUCAGACAGAGUGCGUUCCAAGGGUUACCAGAUAACACGUUAUCCAGCAGAAGUCUCACGCUAUAAGAUGAUCAAGCACAAUAAGGACAAAUCCAACCCGCCAAACCCUGUCAGGUUCUCACUGGUACGCACAGCUAAGUCUCGCUUCAAAGUGGAUGGGUUACAAAAUAUUCAGUAUGAGCUGGUGAAGAAAGAAGAGCGCCCUCUUUACACGUGGCUCAAUGUCAAAAUCGAUGAGAAGAAAGUGCUGCAGACUAGCUACAUGAACCAGUUUAAAACAAACCCAUGGCUAAGGAAUAUACUGAAGUCAUAGCAGAAGGAGAUACAUUGUCAACAGCACCCAAGGCCAUCCCUGGUGUCUUGAAGGACUAUUCACCAUGAGAGAUGGUUUCAUUAUCAGCAUGUUAAGUACAGGAGCAAUAUCCCAGAAAAGUAUUACUGACAACUUGUAAUUCAGAGUGCCUGGAGGAUGUUUCAGCAUGGCAGUCAGUUGAAUUGUGAAGUGUUUAUGGUGAUGUUGAAUGAUCUAUCAAGUUAAGAUUAGAAUCCCACUCCUAUGUUCCCAGCAGGGUGAAUACCUGCAAUCGUUAUCUCAUGAAACCAUUGUAUGGCAAGGACUGCAAUUGUCAACAUUGCACUGCAAGGACGUCAUCAUUGUCAACAUUGCACUGCAAGGACGUCAUCAUUGUCAACAUUGCACCUCAAGGACAUCAUCAUCACCAUUGUCAACAUUGCAUGGCAAUGACAUCACCAUUGUCAACAUUGCACUGCAAGGACAUCACGAUUGUCAACAUUGCGUGGCCAAGACAUCACGAUUGUCAACAUUGCGUGGCCAGGACAUCACCAUUGUCAACAUUGCACUGCAAGGACGUCAUCAUUGUCAACAUUGCAGGGCAAGGACAUCACCAUUGUCAACAUUGCACUGCAAGGACGUCACCAUUGUCGACAUUGCACUGCAAGGACGUCAACAUUGUCAACAUUGCACUGCAAGGACGUCAUCAUUGUCGACAUUGCACUGCAAGGAUGUCAUCAUUGUCAACAUUGCUUGGCAAGGACUUCACCACUGCAAGAACAUUGCAUGGCAAGGACUUCACCAUUGUCAAUAAGAGACAACUCAGUCUUGAAUCUCAUAUAAGAAGUAUUAACAAUUUCAACAUUGCAAGGACAUCACCAUUGUCAAACAUGGUUAGGAUACUGUAAUAGUCUAGUCAAAGCGGUGGCAAGAGUUAUCAGUUGGCUUUGAUGAAGUGGUAUCAUAGGUAAACCUGUUAAACUUGUACCAGUUUGUAGCGAAUUCUUUUUUUUUUCCCAAAAUGGCUGCCAGAUCAAGCUGGCCGCCCACACAUAAGAAAGUGUUUGUGCUGCUUUCUUGCUACGUUUGAGACUAGAAAACCAUCACUACAACAGGUAGCCCUGCCAGGUUUAUGAAUAAGGAACCCAAAAUGUCAAAGUGGGUAUAAUUUCCAGGAUUGCUACCCAUGGAAGUUUUAUGGUUGAUAUCUCUUGAUAACCAGCAAACAAUUAAUGUGCCAAACAGUGUUUUUAAAAUACAUAGAUGUUGUAUGUACUGGCAAUUGAGGGCUGUAAAUGCUAACAUUUUAGAUCUGACAAAUUUUCAUAGAAUUUACUCUGUGUUCGUCUUAAAACACAUGAAUGCUUAUGGGAUGUAGUCAGAGGUGGUAUAAUUAGUAUUAUUAUUUUUUGCAUGAUGAAAAGAUAUUUUAUGUCAGGUUAUCAUGUCUACAAACUGACAGCAGUUCAAUAUAUAUAAAGUUGAUGUAAGCUAUGGGUUUCAAUACAUCCACAUAUUAUGUUAUAAGAAUUGUAUAGUACUGAUGUCGAGAAUGUCUUCAAAGAGAUGCAGUUGUAAUUCAACAUAAUGAUAUAACUUUGGGAAGUGUGUGUCUAUCUGAUUCUGUGCAUUAUGAAGAAGACAUUGGUAGAAAGUUGGUGAAUACUUAGACAUCAGUGGUGAGAAGAAUCUCAACUUCCUGCAUGUAAACUAGGACCUAUGAUAGCUUGUUGAGUCCUAGAUAUAACGAAAUCCUUUUUAGUGUCAUUUUUUUGCCAACAGGGAACUUUUCUGAUACAACAUCGUUUCAUUUAAAUUUUGGUAUCCUUGUCAUCUUUUAGGGUAUUUUUGCACAGUAUUUUUUUUUCAUAUAUUAUUUGAAUUUAGUACUUAUUUAUAAUUAGUUGUAUUCACUGUUAGUUUUAUCUAAAAAAGACAUUGCUCAAAAUACAAAAAAAAAACAAAAAAACAUUUGCAUCAAUUGGACAGGCAAUAGUUCUAGUCAUUCUUUUCAUGUUUUUACUGUGAGGAUUAAAACAGUGUAGUUUAUCUGAAUAUCUUAUUUUACACAGGAAUUUUACUUACCUGAGAUAUUUUUGGUCUAGUCUGAGGCCUCGUCAGAGUUGUACUGGACAUGCAGAGCAUAGUUUUUGAAGGGUGGAAUAAAGCAUAAUGAAUUUACACUGGUUUAUUAUAAUACUCACUCUCUAUCAACACAUUGGGUUAUGUUUAUUUAUGUGGGGCAAAGCAGUGUCGUGCUGGUGAUACUUGGAAUGUGUUGUCAGAGUUAAAAUGCUUGUCAGAAUUGUUCUGCAGUAUUUUUUUUUUUUAUUAAUAUCAUGUAAUGAUCAGUCUGGAACAAAAAUUGAAAUGUUUGAAAUCUGCUUUCCGUUGUUAUAUGAACUGGAGCCAGUGUCAGGAAGACAUUGUGAAGACAUUGUGAACCCAAUGUGGCCAGGUUUUGACCAUGGCUUAAGUUGCCAGGUGCAAGUGCCUGGUCCUGAAAUUUGCUACAGUAGAUCCUAACAAAAUCAAGUCCACUGAUUAUCAAAUAACACUGCAAGAGAUAAUGCAUGCUACAUAUUAUAGAAAAAUCAAAAGUUACAACAUUAGCAAUAUUAAAUUGUUAGCAUUCUAAAGUGAUAUUUCAUAUAGUUAAUGUCAAGUAAAUAUUUACACCUGCACAUUUUAAAGUAGGUGUAUCAUGUUUAAUGUUUGGAUCUGGUUGCAGAGAAUGGGGAACUCGGUGGUUAUCUUACUUGUUUAAAAGGUUGAAAUAUUCUAUAAUAAUAUGGUAUGCUGACAGAAUGCUCUUGGUAGGAAUUUUUCUUUUACUUUGCAGUGAAUCUCAUUCCUUUGGAGAGAUAUACAUAUUAUUUAUAGUAAAGAGUAGAGAAUUUUGAAUUGUUGAGUAACUGGAUGAAAUAUUUCUUUUCUUAGGGUCUCAUUAUUUACAUGUUAACAGCUAAUAUUUGGUUUAAAAUGCUAUGUGAUGUGAUAACUUGAGUUAAAGUACAGGGGUAAAGUUACAAUCACAUCUUGUGUACCCACAGUCCGGGCUCAUCAGUGCAUUUUAAUUAUAAUUAUUUCUGUUUAUUGAAUAAAGUCCUAGUUUUAAUUA